GCUCGGCUAGCAGCUAGCACGUUAGCUUGUCAGGAAAAGCAAGCGUCAACGGGAACGGGACGAAACAGACCAUUGUAACAAAUCGCUUCUGUUACACGAAGGGAGAUAUACGUUGUCAGUGGCAGUUUUGAUUUUGAUAAUUAGAGUUAGCUGCGAGGCUAGCUGUCGGAGAUCAUUUAGCCGUCGACGCUCUAAACGUGUUGUUUUCUUACGACAGACAUUUAUAGGAGCUCUUAGCCUGUUAGCUAGCCUGUGCGUUAGCUAACGCUCCAACCGAGGCGGAGGAAAAGUCCACUUUUGAUCUUUUUUACCGCAGGAUCAGCGCUCAGUUGUGGGACAAUGACAUCAAGGAAGAAAGUACUACUCAAAGUCAUCAUUCUCGGAGACUCUGGAGUUGGCAAGACCUCAUUGAUGAACCAGUAUGUGAAUAAGAAGUUCAGUAACCAGUACAAAGCCACAAUAGGUGCUGAUUUUCUGACGAAAGAAGUCAUGGUGGAUGACAGACUUGUCACAAUGCAGAUUUGGGACACAGCAGGUCAGGAGAGGUUCCAGUCCUUAGGCGUAGCGUUCUACCGCGGAGCAGACUGCUGCGUCCUGGUGUUUGACGUGACAGCACCCAACACCUUCAAGACUCUAGACAGCUGGAGGGACGAGUUCUUGAUCCAGGCCAGUCCUCGAGACCCGGAGAAUUUCCCCUUUGUGGUGCUGGGCAACAAGAUUGACUUGGAGAACAGACAGGUAACAACCAAGCGAGCACAGGCUUGGUGUCAGAGCAAGAACAACAUCCCAUAUUUUGAAACCAGCGCCAAGGAGGCAAUCAAUGUGGAGCAGGCCUUCCAGACUAUUGCACGCAAUGCCCUUAAACAGGAGACCGAAGUGGAGUUGUACAACGAGUUCCCUGAGCCGAUAAAGCUGGACAGGAACGAACGAGCCAAGCCGUCGGCGGAGACCUGCAGCUGCUGAGGAUGCUGAGGACCUUCGGGGGGGGGUUGUCACCGCCCUCACUACCCUGUCUUGCCUUGUCUAUAUAUCCCCUUUCCCAAAGCCCACUGUGUUAAUCCCUAAUGCCCAACAUACAAGCAGCAUCACACUCAUAGAGUAUACUACAACAAACACAAACAUGCUGCACUCACCUCCUUAUGUAUACAAAACACACACAUUUUCUAUAAAAUGAGUCUCCUAGCCCAAAGAACACCUUAAGGAAACAUUAUGGAAUUUACAUGUAUGAUGCUUAUUACUUCCCAGUGUUUCCCCAUGUACUGUUUCAUGGCGGUGGUGGUUUGGGCUAAUCUCAUUUUCAGUUCCAUGUAUAUCGUUACUUUCACACCCAGUUUUGGUUCUAACUGCUUUUAUUUGGAUACUUUAAGUGGUAAAUUGAAGUAUUAUCUCUAUCCUCAUCUCUAUACAUGUUUUUGUUGAGUAAACUUAGAAAAGUUUUUUGUUUGUUUUUUUAAUCAGUUUCUUUAGCAGUGGUGGUUGUUUUCUUACUCUGAUGGCCCGCCACUGCUGCAUGAAUAGAGGAAACACUGCUCCCCCCGUUUUACUCAUUUGUUUUGUGGCUUAAAUUUGUUUCACUCUCAAAAACACUUGCUACCAUGGUUUCACUUUACCUCAUGCAACCUUAAAAAAAAUUCUGAAACUUAAAUGAGGUCAGAAGUGAAGGAUCACAACGUGUGAAGGUGCGUGUGUGGAUCACAGUAAUAUGCUGUCUGCUCUCACUAAUUGGUGCAGAAUUGAAAAGCCAGUUUGAUGACAAGCCCAUCAGACAAGUGUGUACAGGUCCUCUUUUCUUUUUUGCUGUCAUCCACAAUAAUGAAACACUUGUUUAGACAUCUCAUUUUGGAGCCACAAUAAAUGCAAUUGUAGCUCAGGUUGAAGACAUGUGAAUCCCGACUCUGCUCCUUGAUGUAAGUGCUGUCCCAACAUGGUAUUUGCUGUUCCUCUUGUGGGGAAAACAAGGUUUGUCUUGUAGUAAUCAGUUAUUCUUGGUACAACAUUUGACAUGGGAAUGAACCAAAUCAAGACAGCAUGUCAUUCUACCUGAUAGUCCUGGAAAGGAGAUUUUUCACAAGUAUAAAUAUCAUUCAUAACUGUACUAUUAGCUAGUACAUUUCUUUUUACUGUCAAUUAUUGCAAGACUUUGUAUAUCUGCAAACCUCGCAGUCAUUGUGUGGGGAAGGCAAAAAGUUGUGUUGUAAAUCUCCAUAUCUGACUCUGCCAGUUGCUCGUGUUGGCAAACAAUUUAAGUGCUUGACAUUUCUUUUAACCGAUCAGAUCUUUAACUGUCUGUUCGUACUCUGUUAAAACUCUGAAAUGCAUUUUAGAUUACAAGAUAGCAUACAUACUGUAACUUUAAAAGCA